AUGACCCCUUGGGUUCUGCCGGCAACCAGCUAUGCCAGAGCGGAUCCAGCAAUGGGCCCCAGGGACCUGAUGUCCAGGGGCGCCAGGCCCCGCGAAGCAGCCGCCAGGAGCGAGCCGGCACCUGGCCAAGUACCCAGCCCCAGACACCGAGGACCCCCAACGCACAAGCAAAAUCUACAGAGGGCCCUGGGUCUGUACGUCACCAAUACUCUCUCCUACAUGACAACAGUAAAAACAUUUUAUGACCAGUUCUCUGAAUGGAAGAAGAGAAGACAGACAGAGAAUGACAAAAUGAUGGAUAUCAAUAAAAGGGCUGACAUAAUUGACCCCACUUUCACAGAUUCAGAGGGAAAACGUGCAGCUUUUCAUAAAAACAUCACAGGGAAAUUGCAGAUGGAUGCAGAGAGCAAACUUGCAGAACUAGAAAAGGAGCUGGAUGAAGUGUUGAAAGACACACUGGAAGGUCUGGAGGAACUCAACACCUUCGUGGAUGCAGUGGAGAAGCUGGCAGUGACUUCGCUGCAUGUGUUUACUGAGAACCUAAUUUUACGCCUGCCUGAGAAGAUCAGAUUUGAUGAUGUUCAAGCUGUGAUCAUCGCUGCACGACAGAUCUGCCCUCUCCUCCUGGAGUUCAAACGAGACGCAAAGUCGUUCUUUCAGCCUAAACUCUACAACCUAGAGGUGCUUACACACCAACUGAAACGUUACAUAGAUACCACCAACACCAUUUGCCAGUCUCAUGGCAACAGCUUCAACUUUAAAAGCUUCUCGACUUUGUCUAAGGAAAUUGCAUUGAAUUCAGAUAAUCUAAGUGAAAAUGACAUGGAAAAGAUGAUAAAUCACAUUAAGCAACUUGACAAGAUCAGGAUGGAUGAGCACUUUCGGAUUAAGUUCCUGUUCCAGAAAGUAUCCUCAGAAGAUUUCAUCGAGAGCUGUGAUGACCAGCUACAAAGAAUGAAAGAUUUCCUCAAUGAGCUGGAGGAGUGUGCCAAUCAGAUAGACAGAGUGAACAGAGGAGCAAAGAUCUCCAGUAAGACAACCUUAGUUGGGGGAAUAACUGGAUGUGCACUUUCCGUUGCUGGUGUUGCAUUAAGUCCAGUUACAGCAGGACUGUCUCUGGGGCUGACAGUUGCCGGUGUGUCUAUGGGUGCAGUAAGCAGUACCGGCAAGUUGGUAACCACCUUAACAGAAAUUGGAAUUAAUCGCAGUCAACUAAAAAAGGCAGUUGAUGUCCUUAAAAGCUUUGUGGAGGAUUUCCAAAUGAUCCAGUACUGUCUUAAUCAGGUGAUAAAUCAACCAACAGAAAAUCUGAAACCAAGGAAGAUAGAUGUGGUGGGAGUUGGCAAGGCAAGCGAAGCUGUACUACAACAUGGACCAGCAUUACAAAACAUCUCCAGACAGGCCUUACAUGUCAUUGAUAUUGGUCAGGCUGCACAUUUGGGGCCUCUCAGCAAGGGAGAUGGUUUUGCUGAACUUAAUUGCAACAGGACUAAAAUCCCAAACUUCCUCAAAGACAGAGCUGCAUUAUUUCGCUCACAGGUAAAGUCAUGGGAGGAGAUUAGAACCUCUUGCAGCAAACUGACCACCGAAGAAAACAAAAAUAUCCUCCAAGCGCCAUUUUAUCCAGGCAUUAAGAAGACAUGGAUCUAAAUGCUAAGGGAAAUAAAAGUGACUUCUCUGGCAGCCACUAAAAAACAGUAAUUCUGGCAUAAUUAUACUAAGACAUUGUUUUACUGAUGUUGCAGACAAUUGUAUUAACCGAAGUUUAAAAAAAAAUUAAAACAAUCAGUUUGACAUCAAUUUUAACGUUAAUCAAUCUGUGAUGUACU